AUGGUGGAGAAGAAGGAGGCCAACAUCGAUGGCACCACCGGCGUCUACGCCGCGGGUGACCACACCACCGUUACUGGAUCAGACCACGAGCGCAACUAUAUCGCCAAGGAUGAGUUCUACGAUCCGUCGCUGGAAUCGAGGGCCACUCGGCUGGGUAUCAACUGGGAGUCGUUCAAGCGCGCUCCGGGUACUACUCGCGAGCAGGUCGUGCACGGAGCCCACGCUCCCGAGCUCGUCGGCCAUGAGAACCCUCUCUUGCAGCAGAAGAUGAAGCCCAGGCAUCUUGCUAUGAUCGCAGUUGGAGGUUCCAUUGGUACUGGUCUCUUCGUCGCUUCGGGUGGUGCACUCCGCACUGGUGGUCCCGCCGGUGUGGUCAUCGCCUGGUCUAUCAUCGGUGUCAUGUUGGUCAACGUUACUCAGGCUAUUGGUGAAAUGGCUAUUGUCUUCCCCGUCUCUGGUGGUUUCUAUACCCUGGCUUCUCGCAUGCUCGACCCGUCUUUCGCUUUCGCCAUGGGCUGGAACUACGUCCUCCAGUGGGCCGUAGUCCUUCCGCUCGAGCUAGUAGUGGCUGGACAAGUUAUUGAGUACUGGGAUACGCCGGUUCCCUUGGCCGCUUGGAUAACCAUCUUCCUCGUUAUAGUACUGGUAAUCUCAGUGUUUGGUACUCUCGGCUUCGCAGAGGAGGAGUUCUUCGUCUCCAUCUUGAAGCUGGUUGUCAUUACCAUCGUCAUUAUCACAGGUAUCAUCUGCAUCUGCGGUGGAGGACCUGCGACUGGCAUGUUUGACACGUACUAUGGAGCGCAAAAUUACUAUAACCCCGGAGCCUUUGCGAACGGCUUCAAGGGUGUUUGCACCGUCUUCGUCUCCGCUGCCUUCUCUUUCGCCGGUACUGAGCUCGUCGGUCUCGCCGCUUCCGAGACGCCCAACCCCCGGAAGGCCCUCCCCGCCGCCGUCAAGCAGACUUUCUGGCGUGUGGUCGUCAUCUACAUCACCUCCCUUACCGUGAUCGGCCUCGCAGUCCCGUACACCAACCCCGAUCUUCAGGGCGGUGAAUCUGGCCGUGAUGUUUCGCCUUUCAUCCUUAUCACUACCCUCGCGGGUAUCAAGGGACUUGAGCACCUCAUUAACAUCACCAUCUGCCUCUCGGUCCUCUCGGUUGCUCUGUCUUGCGUCUACGCCGGUUCUCGAACCCUCACCGCCCUCGCCGAGACUGAGUACGCCCCCAAGAUCUUCACCUACGUCGACAAGGCCUCCAGGCCCCUCAUGUCGGUCCUCUUCAUCCUCGCCUUCUCGCCUCUCGCGUAUCUCCAAUUGAUCCCCGAGAAGGGUGGCGACGUUUUCAACUGGCUUUUGGCUCUCUCGGGUCUCUCGACACUCUUCACAUGGGGCGCCAUCUGCGUGACUCACAUCCGCUUCAGGGCGGCCUGGAAGGUCCAAGGUCACUCGCUCGAGGAACUCCCCUUCCGCGCUUUCGGUGGUGUGUACGGUAGUUGGGUUGGCGCGAUCUUGGUCGCUUUGGUCCUUAUCGCCCAAUUCUACAUUGCUGUCUGGCCCCUUGGCUACUCUGAAGUUGAGAACCGUGCUGAGGCUUUCUUCCUGUCCUACCUCGCUGCCCCCAUCGUCAUUGCCUUCUGGAUCGCCGGAUACCUCUGGAAACGCACCCUCCCCCGCCGAGCAUCCGAGAUCGAUCUCGAUACCGGCCGCAAGACCUGGCUCACCGUCGAGGAGAUGCGCGCGUACCGGGCCGAGCGGGCCACUGCGCCUUUGUGGAGGCGCGUCGUUCGUGCCUUGUUCACUACCAGCUAG